AUGGAGUCAUUUCCCUAUGUGAUCAAGUACAAAGCUGGCAAGACCAACGUCGUUGCCGAUGCACUAUCUAGGAGGUAUGCCUUGAUUGCUCUACUUGAUGCUAAACUCCUUGGAUUUGAUCUCAUCAAAGAGCUCUAUGAUACCGACACUGAUUUUUCUGCUAUCUAUAAGUCUUGUGCUAAGUCGGGUCAGGGUAAGUUCUUCAUACAUGAUGGAUUUAUGUAUUGUAAUGAUAAAUUGUGCAUUCCGUCAUGUUCUAUUCGUAAGUUACUAACCCGUGAAACUCACGGAGGUGGGUUGAUGGGACACUUUGGUGUCACCAACACUUUGAGUGCUUUAUAG